GUCUCGCCCCGCCCAGGAAGGUCUCGUUGAUUAUUCAUAAGCCAGAGGGAGCGUUUGAGCCGGAAAAGGCCGUUGAGUCCCUCUCACUGGGAGGCGUCGACCCUCUGAGGUUAGACUUGUUAAAAGAAUCCUUGAUAGAUUGCUAUAAUGGCCACUGCUCAGCUCUCUCAUUCUAUCAGAAUUCACAAGGCACCUAAGGAAACAGUUUUCCCAUGUCAAAUAAUUAAUGAGCAUGAGUCAUUGAUAAUGGUGAAGAAACUUUUUGCUACUUCUAUCUCAUGUGUAACAUAUCUAAGGGGCCUGUUUCCAGAGAGCUCUUAUGAAGAAGGCCAUUUGGAUGACCUCAGUUUAAAAAUCCUCCGAGAAGAUAAAAAAUGUCCUGGGUCACUGCAUAUUAUCAGGUGGAUUCGAGGUUGUUUUGAUGCUUUGGAAAAGAGAUACCUACACAUGGCAGUACUUACACUUUACACAAAUCCGAAGGAACCUGAGAAAGUGACUGAGAUAUACCAGUUCAAAUUCAAAUACACAAAAGAAGGAGCCACUAUGGAUUUUGACAGCAGUAGCACAACCUUCGAAAGUGGGACAAACAGUGAAGAUGUUAAGAAAGCCAGUGUUCUACUGAUGCGUAAAUUGUACAUGAUGAUGCAGAACCUUGGACCCCUUCCUAAUGAUGUUAUACUUACUAUGAAACUCCACUACUAUAAUGCAGUGACCCCACAUAACUACCAUCCCCCUGGUUUUAAAGAAGGGGUAAACUCACACUUCCUGCUGUUCGAGGGGAAGCCUGUAAACCUGCAAGCGGGAUUGGUCUCCACUGGCUUUCAUAGCAUGAAAUUAAAAGUCACAACUGAGGCCACCAGAGUGUCUGAUUUGGAGAACAGAGUCUUUCAGGAGAGCAGCACUACAGAGAUCGCCCAUCAGGGUCUAGACUGUGAUGAAGAGGAAGAGGAAGAGGAAUGCAACAAUCACAUUCAAAGAAUGAAUUUUGUGUACAGUCAGCAAAGUUCUGAGAGCUCCAGGAAGAAGAGGAAGGUCAGCCAACCAGUGAAAGUCUUCAUCCCUGACAGAAAAUGAAAGUUAGAUGCCUUUGCUACUUUUAUUCUAAAAUAAGUUUAUUUUGCAACAAAUAUGCAUGAAGUGUCUUAGGAGGAAAGUAAGUUCCUAUCACCAAAACCUUUUACUAAAUUUCCUGCUCAAC